CAACUUCCUGCCCCGCCAGAGUCAGGAAGCGGGAGCCGGGACACAGGGCCCGGGAUCGCCGAGCCCGACCUCGGGCGCCCCGCCGGUCGCCUCCCCGCGCGGACACCAGCCCAGAAGUUGCAGCUGGUGGCCUGGUGAAGGUUUUCCAUCUCAAACGGGAAUACUAAUCGCAUGGGGUGCUUGUGGUUGUGAGCGUUGAGUUCGUAUGUGAGAAGCACUGAGAGCAAUGCCUAGCACACUCCCUGUGGAGCCCAUGGAGGCAGACGACAUUGCCCGCGGGCUGGCCCCGGGACCACCGCGGCCUGGCCUGGUGCCAGUCAGCAUCAUCGGGGCUGAAGACGAAGAUUUUGAGAAUGAGCUGGAGACGAAUGCAGAGGAGCAAAACAGCCAGUUCCAGAGUCUGGAGCAGGUGAAGCGGCGGCCUGCCCACCUCAUGGCCUUCUUGCAGCACGUCGCCCUGCAGUUUGAGCCGGGACCCCUGCUCUGCUGCCUGCACGCGGACAUGCUGGGUUCACUGGGCCCUAAGGAGGCCAGAAAGGCCUUCCUCGACUUCUGCCACAGCUUCCUGGAAAAGACCGCGGUUUUGCGGGUGCCAGUCCCUCCCACUGUCGCCUUUGAACUUGACCGCACACGGCCCGACCUCCUCUCCGAGGACCUCCAGCGGCAGUUUGUGCAGGAGGUGGUGCAGAGCCAGCAGGCCACCGUCAGCCAGCUGCUGGAGGACUUCCGCUCCAAGCGGCUCAUGGGCAUGACACCCUGGGAGCACGACCUGACCCAGCUGGAGGCCUGGGUGGGGCGGGACCGUGCCAGCUUUGAGGCCCGGGAGCGGCACCUGGCCGAGCGGCUGCUGACCCACCUGGAAGAGAUGCAACCCACCAUCUCGACUGAUGAGGAAAAGAGUGCCGCUGUGGUCAACGCCAUCAGCCUGUACAUGCGCCACCUUGGGGUGCGGACCAAGAGCGGGGACAAGAAGUCAGGGAGGAAUUUCUUCCGAAAAAAGAUGAUAGGGAAUCGGCGGUCAGAUGAGCCAACCAAGACGAAGAAAGGCCUGAGCAUCUUCCUGGAUGCUGCCCGCUGGAAUCGGGGAGAGCCUCAGGCCCCAGAUUUCCGACACCUCAAAGUCGAGGCUGAUGCUGAGAAGCCAGGCCUUACAGAAAGGAAGGGAGGCCUAGGGGUGCCCUCCCGGGACCGGAACACUGGAGCUGCCGGGCAGGACAUCGCUGGAGUUUCUCUGCACCCUCUGUCUGGGGACAGUCCUGACCGGGAGCCAGGUGUUGAUGCCCCACCAGAGCUGGGGGACCCGCCCCCGCAGGGCCCGGCCAGCCUGGAGCCCGUGGUGCCCCCGGAGAACACGGAGGAGGGUGCUGAGACAGAGAGCCCUGAGCCUGGAGAUGAAGGGGACCCAGGUCGGUCUGGACUAGAGCUGGAACCAGAAGAGCCCCCUGGCUGGCGGGAGCUCGUCCCCCCAGGCACCCUGCACAGCCUGCCCAAGAGCCAGGUGAAGCGGCAGGAGGUUAUCAGCGAGCUGCUGGUGACCGAGGCGGCCCAUGUGCGCAUGCUCCGGGUGCUGCACGACCUCUUCUACCAGCCCAUGGCAGAAGGAGGCUUCUUCCCCCUGGAGGAGCUACAGUACAUCUUCCCCAGCCUGGACGAGCUCAUCGAGGUGCAUUCCCAGUUCCUCGAUCAACUGAUGAAGCGGAGGCAGGAUAGUGGCUACCUCAUUGAGGAGAUCGGAGAUGUACUGCUGGCCCGGUUUGAUGGUGCCGAAGGCUCCUGGUUCCAGAAAAUCUCCUCCCGCUUCUGCAGCCACCAGUCAUUUGCCUUAGAGCAGCUCAAAGCCAAACAGCGCAAGGAGCCUCGGUUCUGCGCCUUUGUGCAGGAGGCCGAGAGCCGCCCACGGUGCCGCCGCCUGCAGCUGAAGGACAUGAUCCCCACGGAGAUGCAGCGCCUGACCAAGUACCCCCUGCUCCUGCAGAGCAUCGGGCAGAACACAGAAGAGCUGGCCGAACGGGAGAAAGUGGAGCGGGCGGCUGAGUGCUGCCGGGAAAUUCUGCACCACGUCAACCAAGCUGUGCGCGACAUGGAGGACCUGCUGCGGCUCAAGGAUUAUCAGAAGCGCCUGGAUUUGUCCCACCUGCGGCAGAGCAGCGACCCCAUGCUGAACGAGUUCAAGAACCUAGAUAUCACCAGGAGGAAGCUGGUCCACGAGGGCCCGCUGACGUGGCGGGUGACGAAGGACAAGGCUGUAGAGGUCCACGUGCUCCUGCUGGACGACCUGCUGCUACUGCUCCAGCGCCAGGACGAGCGGCUGCUGCUCAAGUCACACAGCCGGACGCUGACGCCCACCCCCGACGGCAAGACCAUGCUGCGGCCCGUGCUGCGGCUCACGUCCGCCAUGACCCGCGAGGUGGCCACCGAUCACAAAGCCUUCUAUGUCAUUUUUACCUGGGACCAAGAGGCUCAGAUCUACGAGCUGGUGGCCCAGACCGUGUCGGAACGGAAGAACUGGUGUGCCCUCAUCACGGAGACCGCUGGAUCCUUGAAGGUCCCUGCCCCUGCCUCUCGCCCCAAACCCCGGCCCAGCCCAAGCAGCACCCGGGAACCCCUGCUCAGCAGCUCGGACAAUGGCAACUGUGGUGGCCGAGAGAUGCCCCCAGCUGACGGCCGCAUGGAGAGAAUCUUCAGCACCCUCCUGCCCUACUGCAGACCUGGCCCUGAAGGCCAGCUGGCAGCCAAGGCCCUUGAGAAAGUGCUGUCCCUGAAGCAACUCCUGUUUCCCUCGGAGGAAGAUAGUGGGGCGGGGCCUCCCCGUGAAGGGGAUGGGGUCCCGGGGGGCGGCCCCCCGAGCCCGACACAGACCCAGACCCAGGAAAUUCAGGAGAAGCUGCUCAGCCUGGAGGAGACCAUUAAACAGCUGGAGGAGGUGGAAGAGGAAUUCUGUCGUGUACGACUCCUCCUGUCUCAGCUUGGGGAAAUCCCUGUCCCCCAGCCUGGCUGUACCUGAGGCUUCCUGCCCCAGGCAGCCCCCAGGCCUUCCGCAAGACUGAGGGCCACCCGCCCCCACCGCACAGCUGCCGCAGCAUCUCCAACCCCAAGGGCCUGAGGAGAGGGAGCCAGGCGUGCCUGGGGGGCCCAGCUGGGAUCACUGCCUCCCCCCAACCUCCCAUUGGCCUUGGCCUUCUCUCCCUCCUGCCUUCUGCUUGGGGGACUCAGGGCUUCAUUCCAGGGCGGACCCACAGUGACCUCCCAUUCCCCGGGCCAGCUCUGUAUUGCCUGGGCUUGGGCCACCCCUCCAUCCCCCCCACCCCCAAGUGCCUUUGCUCUGUUUUUAUACCCUGAAUUGGAGGUUUAUUUUUUAAUAUAUAUUACCUAAGGAGA